AUGGGUAUGAUGGCCUUCGGUCUAUUCAUCACGAUUCUCCUCCUUUUCCAUCAAAUUUCUUCGUCAAUUCAACAAAGCAAUCAAGUGGAUCCAUCCACGAAUGAAACCCAACAAGAACUCGUCGAGGCCCGAGGAAAAAUCUGCGGACUCGAGAGGGAAAUUGAAUGUGAACAAAAGGAAAGAAGUGAUGAAUUCACAAACUCGAAAAUCUCGCAAAUAGAUGAUCGAUCGACGAAGAUUCGUGCUGAUCUGAAAGCCGAGAUAGAUUCCAAAGUCACCGAAACGUCAAGGGCCAUCUACACGAAAAUGGCUCAAAUUGAGACGGAUUUAAUGGGGAAAAUCGCCGAAACGAAAAAGAAGAACGCAAAGUGGGACGCUGAUUUGGUUGAUGGAAGGGAGAGUAAUCGAGAAUUGGAAAGGAAAGUCGCCGAGAUGAAAAGGAAGAACGACGAUCUCGAAGCACAAUUAAAAACUCAAAAUACGGAAGUGAAAGACGGUAGAGCCAAGAUUGUAGAGCUCGAAGGGCAAAUCAACGCGUUGCAAAGCAAAAUCUCUGACCUCGAAACCCAAAUAAAUCGAACGAUGAAUUGGAUCCUGGAACCGGAUGAAUGGUCGUAUUUGGCAAAAACCGCUUCUUGGUACAAGGUUAUCGAAAAAUGGAUGACAUUUGAUGACGCCGUGACGUAUUGUGCGAGUCGAAAGGGCCAUUUGGUCACAAUUCACAGUCAAGAAGAGAACGAUUUUGUUUGGAAACUCGCGAAAAAUGUUCAACCCUUUCAUGGGUUCUGGAUCGGACUGAAGAGAAAUCCGAACAAAGAAAAUGCUUUUGAAUGGAUGGAUGGAAGUUCGGUGGAUUUCACGAAUUGGGGGGUUGGACACCCGAGUUCGUACACCCACACUUAUCUUUCGAGCGACAAUGGGAAAUGGCGGGUCUAUGCUCCUACCCAGUUGGGUCUUAUCUGCAAAAUUCGCUCUCAAUUC